AAAAAUCAAGCUUUUGUUUUAAUAAUGUCUUCCUAUAUAUCAGGUAACGAGCGUGUUUUACGGCGGAGGAAGAGGCCUAAGGAGACUUCUUCUAAAGCAAAGACUGUACGAAUACCCUUUGGUAAUCAGGCUAUAAAGACACUCUCGAUUCCUGCAAUUGCGGAUAGAUAUAACUAUUAUAUGGGAGCAGUUAACGAGUUUGAUUACCUGACUGCCCAGAACGCUAGUUUACGGCAUGUAGAGCGGGGAGGGCACCAAGCACUAGAGCACUAG